GGACCCGCGGCAGCCAUAUUUGUUAAGGGAAGGGGACCCGAGGGAAGCAAAGAACUUUUCUUCUCUUCACCCGCUGCUUACCACCACAAACGAACCCUGAAUUAUGGCGGCUUCUGCGCCCGCCCCGCACACGACUGACUUCCCGGUUGAGGGUCGCUGCAGUUACUAUGUGGAAAAGAAGAAGCGCUUCUGCAGGAUGGUGGUGGCAGCGGGGAAAAGAUUCUGUGGGGAACACGCUGGAGCCGCGGAGGAAGAAAAUGCUCGGAAAAGAAUUCUGUGUCCUUUAGAUCCAAAGCACACAGUAUAUGAAGAUCAACUAUCAAAGCAUUUGAAAAAGUGUAACUCAAGAGAGAAGCCAAAACCUGACUUCUUUAUUCAAGAUAUUAACGCAGGCUUAAAAGAUGAAACAGAAAUACCUGAACAAUUAGUUCCAAUUUCUUCUCUUUCUGAAGAGCAUUUGGAAAACCUAAUUAAGAAAUUGCAGAAAGCAAGUGAAGGUUUGAACUCUACACUUAAAGAUCAAAUUAUGUCCCAUCCAGCAUUGCAUGAUGCCCUUAAUGACCCUAAAAAUGGUGAUUCUGCAACCAAACACCUGAAACAGCAGGCUUCUAUUUUAGGUAACAUUGAAAAAUUAAAGUUACUUGGUCCAAGAAGAUGCUUUGUUGAGUUUGGAGCAGGAAAGGGAAAAUUAUCUCAUUGGGUUGAUAUUGCCUUAAAAGAUGCUGAAAAAGUUCACUUCAUCCUAGUAGAAAAGGUGACCACAAGAUUCAAGGUAGAUGGCAAACACAGAAAGAAAAAUUCAGUAUUUGAGAGACUUCAAAUUGAUAUUCAACACUUGUGUUUGAAUAAGAUUCCUUUGCUAAGCAAAGAAAAACUACCUGUGGUAGGAAUUGGAAAGCAUCUAUGUGGUGUGGCAACAGAUCUUGCAUUACGAUGUUUGGUUGAAACCUAUGCUGCCAGUUGUGAGGAAAGGAAUGAAGAACCUUUAGCCAAACGCAUAAAGAAUGAUAAAACAGGAAAAGAAAUUAACACUGUGGCCAAGAAAGGAAAUGAGAAAAAUGUCCCAGAGAAGUGGAGCCCUGUGGCUGGCAUUGUUAUUGCACUCUGUUGUCACCACAGGUGUGAUUGGAGACAUUAUGUGGGCAAAGAGUAUUUCAGGGCUCUAGGCCUUGGAGCAGUGGAAUUCCACUACUUCCAGCGAAUGAGUAGUUGGGCAACUUGUGGGAUGCGAAAAACAUCUUUGGAAGCCUCCAGUCUCAGCACAAAGAGAAAAGAUGAGCAGAACGAUGACAGUGAAGAGCAUGACGACGGGGGAUGCCGAAUCACAGACGAAAGCAGUGGCAGUGCGCCUGGGUUCCUUACUGUUGAAGAGAAGAAGAAAAUAGGGCAUCUUUGUAAAUUGCUGAUUGAUCAAGGCCGAGUUGAGUAUUUACAGCAGAAGGGAUUCAGUCCUGCUUUACAGUAUUAUACAGAUCCUCUGGUGUCUUUGGAAAAUGUAUUGUUAACUGCUUUACCAAAUCAUUCUUCAUCACCAGAAACAACUGCUUAAUGGAAAAGAAAUU